AUGUACAAUAAUCACGAUCUGUUCCACUCCAAAGAUAAGCCAGUAACCCAUCCUUCGGCACCGCUUUUACAACACAAUAAUUAUUCUGAAGCCCUUCCAUUUGAAGACCCUCUCAGGGACAUGCAAGAGGCUCACUCUAUGGGUACAUCUAUUAUGGCUGUUGAAUUUGAUGGCGGAGUGGUGAUUGGAGCUGAUUCUCGUACAACAACCGGAAGUUAUAUUGCUAACAGAGUUUCUGAUAAGCUUACACCUGUUCAUGAUAGAAUUUAUGUUUGUCGUUCUGGAUCAGCAGCCGACACCCAGCAGAUCUCAGAUUAUGUUCGUUAUUUCUUGAAAAUUCACUCGGUUGAAGUUGGCACAUUGCCAUUAGUAGAGACAGCUGCAAACCUGUUCAAAGAUUUCUGUUAUAAUUAUAAAGAUCAAUUACUUGCUGGUAUAAUUUGUGCAGGUUGGGAUGAAAAGAAUGGUGGAAGCGUUUGGACAAUUCCAUUAGGAGGAACUCUCAUUAGGGAACCAUUCAGCAUUGGUGGAUCGGGAAGUACUUAUAUUUAUGGUUAUUGUGAUGCAAACUUUAAGAAAGGAAUGACCAAGGAUGAGUGUAAGCAAUUCGUGAGGAACGCUUUGUCUCUUGCCAUGGCUCGUGACGGAAGCAGUGGUGGUGUUGUUCGUCUUGCAGUCAUUACAAAAGAUGGCGUAGAAAGAGAAGUUCACCAUGAAGGACAAGGAGGCACACUCCCAAAACACUACUCUGAUUAG